AUGAAUCCAAGAAAGCACCUUGUUUUCUUGAUGAUCCUUUUCUUCAAAUUCAUAUUAUACAGAUCAGUGGUGUCGUCUCAAGACAUCACCUUCCACUUUUCUUCUCUAUCUCUUCGGAACCUCACUCUCCUUGGUGAUUCCUACCUCCGUAACGGCGUCGUGGGUCUCACACGUGAAACCGGCGUCCCUUCCUCCUCCUCCGGCACCGUUAUCUACAAUAGCCCAAUCCCAUUCUUCGACCGGAGUACCAAUUCCACAGCUUCUUUCUCCACGAGAUUCUCUUUUACAAUCAACAAUGUCAACCGGGUGUCUUCCUUUGGUGAUGGAAUAUCUUUCUUUCUUUCACCCGAUAGCCAGACUCUCGGAUCUCCAGGAGGGUACUUGGGUCUUGUUAAUUCCUCACAGUUAACCAAAAACAAGUUUAUCGCAAUCGAAUUUGAUACCAGACUUGAUUUGCACUUCAAUGACCCGAACGAGAAUCAUGUGGGGUUGGAUAUCGACAGUUUAAAUUCGAUCAAAACAGCCGAUUGUGCAUCUAUUGGGAUUGAUUUAAAGAGUGGGAGUAUGAUUACGGCCUGGAUUGAUUACUGGAAUGAUGGAAAGAAUCUGAAGGUGUUUUUGAGCGAAUCGGCUUACAAACCAGUCAACCCGCUUUUAGAUAUUGAUACAGAUCUCUCAGAGUAUCUUCAAGAAGUGAUGUAUCUGGGGUUUUCAGCAUCAACAGAGGGGAGCACAGAAACGCAUUUCAUUGAGAGUUGGAGCUUCACAUCAUUUGGUAUCCGACACCUUAACCCUAGAAUCACUAAUCCUCACAAUGUGACAGAUAAUACAGUCUCAAAGAAUCCUGCCAUCGACGUUCCCAACGAUGCUACCAAUAAUAAUAAGCAUCACAAGAAGAUGGGAUUGGCGCUCGGGAUUUUAGGUCCUGUAUUUUUCUGCGCAGCUCUUGUGGUUUUCGGAUACCUUUCUUUCAAGAAAUGGAGGGGAACAAAAACAGACAUGAACAUUCAAGCAGAGCUUCUAACAGGGCCCAAACAGUUCAGUUACAGAGAGCUUAAAAUAGCCACAAAUGGGUUCCAUUCAAGUCGGAUCAUUGGGCAUGGUGCUUUUGGGUCUGUUUACAAGGCAUUCCUGGCAUCCUCAGGUAAUGCAGCAGCUGUGAAAAGAUCAAAGCAUUCUCAUGAAGGGAAGACAGAGUUCCUAGCAGAGCUAUCAAUUAUCGCAUGUUUAAGGCACAAGAAUCUUGUCCCACUUCAAGGAUGGUGUGUUGAAAAGGGCGAAUUGUUACUUGUUUACGAGUUUAUGCCUUAUGGGAGCAUUGACAAGGUACUGUAUCAAGACACAGAGCACUGGAGUUUCUUAAAAUGGAACCACAGAUACAAUAUCGCAAUUGGGUUGGCCUCUGUUUUGACUUACCUUCAUCAAGAAUGUGAGCAACAAGUGAUUCAUAGAGACAUUAAAUCUAGUAAUGUGAUGCUGGAUGCAAAUUUCAAUGCAAGAUUAGGUGAUUUCGGGCUAGCCAGACUGAUGGACCAUGACAAAAGCCCUGUUUCAACACUAACAGCUGGAACAAUGGGGUAUUUGGCCCCUGAAUACCUUCAGUAUGGAAAAGCCACUGAUAAAACUGAUGUUUUCAGCUAUGGUGUGGUGGUGUUAGAAGUGUGUUGUGGGAGGAGGCCAAUUGAGAGGGAAUCCGAGGGUCACAAAAUGAUCAAUCUGGUUGAUUGGGUGUGGGAAUUGCACUCAAAAGGGGCAAUCUGUGAUGCAGUGGAUAAACGCCUCAAUAAAGAGUUUGAUGUGGAGGAGGUUAGGAGGCUUUUGGUCGUGGGGUUAAGCUGUGCAAAUCCAGAUAGUGAAAAGAGGCCUUCCAUGAGGAGAGUGUUUCAGAUACUUAACAACGAGGCUGAUGAAAUCAAGGUGCCUAAAGUGAAACCCAUGUUGAGUUUUUCAAGUAGCUUACCAUUGAGUCUUGAGGAUAUUGUCUCUUCUUCCGAUGCAGAAGAAGAAGAAGAAGAAGAAGAAGAAGAAGAAGAUAGGGUGCCUGAAAUCAGAAUCGAUCCAUCUCAAGCCUAG